GGUGGCGGCGGCGGCGGUGCGCUGCGCAGUCCGACGUGGGAGACGGCGCCGGCGGGCUGGGCGGGGGGAGGAGGCGAGGAGGUGCAGGCGGCGCCGGAGCAGCGCGAGUGGUGGGAGGCGGAAGGAGCGGUGCAAGCGGCGCCAGAGCAGGCGGCGUCGCAGCAGCGCGAGUGGUGGGAGGCGGAAGGAGGCAAGGAGGUGGCGCAGGAGGUGCAGGGCGGAGGAGAGUGGUGGGUGGUGGGGGCGGCGUCUGCACCACCCUUACCCGCACCCCUCUCCGCACCCCUCUCCGCCCCUGCCCCCCUCCCGGUUGUCCACGGCGAAGUCGUCGAGAGCGGCCAGCCGCCGUGGGCGAGCGGCGAGGCCGGCGGCGAGGCGCAGCCGCACUCCUGGGACGGCGAGCUCCUCGAGGAGCUGGAGCGCAGAGAGCACGCCCUUGCGAGCGAGCUCUACCCGCCCGUCCAGCCGCCGGCGGUGCCGCCCGGUGCCGCUCUUCCUCCUCCUCCUCAGCCUCGGCCGCCGCGGAGGCCGCCGCCGCCGCCGCCGCUUGCGCCGCCGCCGCCGCCGAUUGGGGCGCCGCGGCCAGGUGGCGGCGACUCGCGCAACGCGCUGCUGAUGGCGAUCCAACAGGGCAAGCCCCUGAAGAAGGUGGGCCAGCCCGCCGCCGCCGACAGCAAGGCGCCGCGCGGCAGCGAGGCCGCGCCGGGCGGCGGCGGCGGCGAUCUGAUGCAGGCCCUCCGCGCUCGGAUGGACGUGCGGCGCAAGGCGAUGGGCACUUGGGGCUCCGCCGGGGGCACGUUGGGAUCUACGGCGGGCACGCUCCCAGCCGCCAACGAGUUCCGCACUGACGCGGCCGUCGAGCCGCCGGCGCCACUGGAACUGGAUCAGGUGCGAGGGCAACAAGUCGGCGCACCGGUGGCGCAGGGAGCGUCGCAGCCGCCGCCAACUUGCUGGUCCUCCGCGGAGGACGCCAACCCGUUUGGCAACCCGUUCUAGUGCGUACGUCAGUACGGCUUUAGUGGCUGCGUGGGGCCGGCUCCGGACUCUGUCACCGAGGGCGGUGUACGUUUCAGUUCUCCGACAGAGUAGUACAGUGUAUCCCGCAACGUCCAACGUGUCCGCCGUUAAUGUAUAAUUACAGCAUACAGGGU